AUGAGUUUAGGAGCAGCAUGCGUCUUCCUGAGGGGAGGGAAGCAUAUUGACAGAGAGCUGGCCGAUGACGAAAUUGAAGAGCUACGCGAGGCGUUUACUGAGUUCGACAAGGACAAGGAUGGGCUGAUCAGCUGCAAGGACCUGGGCAACCUGAUGAGGACAAUGGGCUACAUGCCCACUGAGAUGGAGCUGAUCGAGCUGAGCCAGAACAUCAACAUGAACCUUGGUGGGAGAGUAGACUUUGAGGACUUUGUUGAGCUGAUGGCCCCAAAGCUGCUGGCUGAGACUGCUGGGAUGAUCGGCGUGAAAGAACUGAAGGACGCUUUCAAAGAGUUUGACGCGGACGGAGAUGGAGAGAUCACAACAGAGGAGUUACGAAACGCCAUGACCAAGCUGAUGGGGGAGCACAUGUCUCGAAGAGAGAUUGACGCUGUGGUACGAGAGGCUGACAACAACGGGGACGGGACAGUAGACUUUGAAGAGUUUGUUAGAAUGAUGUCACGCCAGUGA